CUUUGUGGUCUAAAAUCUACAGAACUCAUGUUGUGUAUCUAUACCAUACUCCUUAUUAUUAACAUUUAAUUUAUUUUUGUCUUCUUAUUAGCCCAACAUAUUUGGGGGGAGGUGUUGUUGGAGAAUAUGUUAAAGGAAAAUUGGACAUUCAUAUUGUCUUUGAUAAUGUGUAUAUAUUAACGUCAAAAGUCAAAUGCCCAAUUAAAACAUAUGUACAAAAGUGUGCAUGCUGAAUGUACAACUUCAACCUGUAGGUAACAAUAAAGUCUUACACUGCAACAGUGAGAAGCUAUUAAUAAACUGAUCUAAAUUCUCACACUGGUCAGGGAUUGUGACAUUCCACGUCAUUUGAGGGUGGAAUGGUCAGUAGGCUAAAAAAGGAGAACUAGCCAGUCCAAAAUGCCCCUGAAAGUUUAGAAUAGAGAGCUGUGAGGGAAAACCAUGACACAUGCGUGAUGUCAUGGAAGUGCUUGUAGUGUCUAUAAAGAGAUUCACUGAGGAAGUUCAUUUUCAUUCUUGAAACCUUGCAGUAUGGAGGUGAAACUAAGCUUAUGUGCCUGUGCUCUGUUGAUGAUUGUAGCAUGUGUAACCCGGUGCUUGGCAGUAAAGCGUGUCAUAGUGAAAAAAGGGCAAACGCUGACUCUGAACUGCCCCAUCAAAACCUUAAACGGUACUGAUCAUGUUGAAUGGAGAAACCCAAAUGGUUUUCUUUUGUCCUUCAACACUAUUAAAGUUUUAAAAGACAAGAGGACCGAGGAUGUUACUUUGACCCAGUCUCAGUACUCAAUAAGUAUUUCUGACAUCACGUUCAAAGAUGGAGGAGUUUACAAAUGUAUGCUGUACAGCAAGCAAGUUCAGUCAAAGAGAUACAGAGUAAUAGUUCUGAGUGGUCCAAUGCUGGAGAAAACUGAACAUGAGGAUAAAACAAUAGUUAAAUGCUCAGCUUCAGAAAAUGGCCAACCACCCAAACUCACAUGGCUUUUGGAUAAUGGCCUUGAGAUUGAAGCUCAGCCAAACUACGUGGUGGAAAACGCAUCCAAUAAAUACACUGCUGUUAGUCUCCUGCAUGUGAAGAGUAAGAAAAGAACUACAGUGAAAUGUGUGGCUCAGUACCCAACUCUACAUGGUGCAACCCUGCUAGACUUCGUCCACAUAGGAAGUCAAGGUGAAGAACCAUCUACCACACCAGAACCGAUCAGUACUACAACACAGAAAGUCAUCAUUCCAACACUUGUUCCACAGUUUACCAGUACACGUUUCAUCAGUACAGAAUACACAGAGUCAGAAACCACAGAAGAACCAGACACUGGUGUCAGCACCACUUCAUAUGAUACCAUAAAUGUAAAUGAAACUACAGAGUCAUUAUCUAAAACAACAGAGGGCACUCCUGUGAACACAGGCUCAGCUGUAACAACAGAAACUGAUACUUUCACCAACACUUUAGUAAAUAAAACUACUGAGGACAUGUAUACAGUAUCUGAAACAACAGAGGGCACUCAGGUGAAUACCAGCUCAGUUUCAACAACCGAUACAGACUCUUACAACAAAACAUCAGGGACUGGCAAUGAUAAAAAUGAACAAAGGCAGCCAGAAAGGGGGAAUUCUGUUCUGCUGAUACUGCUGGUUACAUGCCUGAUCUUCGGUCUAACCGUGGUGAUCGCCUUCUUCCUGCUCCGCCUCAGAAAGGCACACCUGGCCUGGAAACAAGAAAAUGAAGAGUUUGAUCAGUCAGUGGAAAGCAGCAAGUCCAAAUCCAGCAAUGAAGAAAAGCAGAAACAGAACCAACAACAAAGAGUACAAGGCUUAUGGAACACCAGUUUUACAAAAUACAAAGUGGAAGAAGCAGCAGCAGCGAGCGACACGAACACUACACAUGCCACUGUGGACAUCCCUGAUGAAAGACCACAUCUUCCAAACCAGACUGUAUUAAAAUCUUGCAUAAGAGAGACUGAACUGUAAAAUAUCUGGGAGUUUUAUCCCAAACUUUGUGACCAAAUUAGGUUGGGUUUCCUAAAGGUGCUACGAAUGUACAAAAAAUAUGUUUGCACAUUUUAUAUUUUGAUAUGUUGUUAUAUUUUUAUACAAGAGAAUAUAUAUAUAUUUAUAUUUUUAUAGUAAAUGUCUUUUUUUACAGUUGCCAAAAAUGUUUGCGUUUAUAAUUAUAAACU